CACAACCUUGUGUAACAUAACCUAAAAUUAUAAAACCCAUUCUAAUUUCUAUCCAUUUUGGAUAAAAAAGACUUAAUAAGGAAAAGUUAAAUUCCGUAACAGAGAAAAAGUAUUAAUGACAUGGCUUCGAAAAUUAUUACACGUUUGUUAAAACGUCGUGGUUUAGCGAAACUAUUGUACAAUAAUUCUGCUCCUACGUGUAGCGACACAAUAUUCUUAAACACAUAUAGAAGGAGAAAUUUUGCCUUCUUAUGCCCAUCAUUACAGAGACAUUCAGUGUUAAGUGAAUAUGCAACGAGAUUUUAUAGCAUAAAUACAGAGCAAAAGGUUAUUGAUGACUACAGAAACGAACAUAAUAUUACAGUGUAUGGGGAAGAUGUUCCAAGCCCUUUCAUUGACAUUGAAGCAAGUGAGUUUCCAGAGUACAUUAAAACCUUUCUUAGUAAACAGGGCUUUACUAAACCAACUAUAAUUCAGUCGCAAGCAUGGCCAGUUGCUUUAAGCGGUCAAAACUUUGUUGGUAUAGCCCAGACAGGCACUGGCAAAACACUUGCUUUUCUACUACCUGCAGUUGUGCACAUAAAAGAAAAGAAAGCUAGGAAAGGAAGAGGUCCUAUAGCACUGGUGUUAGCACCUACCCGAGAGUUAGCUAAGCAAAUUGAAGUUGUAGCUAAGGACUUCCAAAAACUGCUUAAUAUUAGAUGUGUGUGUAUUUAUGGGGGUGCAAGCAGAUCAGUACAAGCUGAACAAUUGGAAGCAGGAGUGGAUAUUGUUAUUGCUACUCCAGGCCGGCUUAAUGACUUUCUUGUAAGCCGCACCACAAACCUCAGUAGGUGUACUUAUGUAGUACUCGAUGAAGCUGACAGGAUGCUUGACAUGGGAUUCGAGCCACAAAUAAGGCAAGCUUUGGAAGGAGUUCCACUUGAAAGGCAGAUUUUAAUGUUUUCUGCAACAUGGCCGAAAGAGGUACAACAUUUAGCAAAAGAUUACUUGGGAGAGUUUGUACAAGUUAACGUUGGAUCCACUGAGUUAUCUGCAAAUCACAAUAUUAAACAGUUAAUACAUGUUUGUGACCAGGACAACAAAAUGGACAAGUUUAAAGAAAUAAUGCACCAAAUAUCAGGAGAAGGCAUGGGAAAAAUCUUAGUGUUCACAAACACCAAAAGAUCUGUGGAUCACCUCACUCUAACACUGAAAAGGAAUGGCUGGCCUGCAGUUGGGAUCCAUGGGGACAAAACUCAGCUGCAAAGAGAUACUAUUAUAAGAAAGUUCAAAACUGGCAACACUAACAUUCUUGUGGCUACUGAUGUUGCUGCUAGAGGAUUAGAUGUGGAUGGUAUCACGCACGUAAUCAACUACGAUUUCCCGCAAACGUCGGAGGACUACAUCCACAGGAUCGGCAGGACCGGCCGCUACGACAAGAAGGGAGAGGCGCACACGCUGUUCACUGAGGAGGAUGCACGCCUGGCAAAGAGCUUGUUAGCUGUUCUGAAGGAAGCUAAUCAGGAACCACCAAAAGAAUUGGACGAAUUGGCUCGCAGCUUUAGCCUGUCUAAAGUUAAGGAACAGGACAGAUACUCUCGGAACUCAUACAACCUAAGCAAGAAAUGGAACAAAUUUCGAAGCAACAACAACAAUUACCGAUAUAACAACAACAGCAGCAGAUACAAUGAUGACGGUGAUGAUGAAGAGUACAACAACUAUCGCAAAUCAAACAACAGAUAUAAUUCUAACAACAGAUUUAAUAACAGUAGACCCAAUAGAAGACCUAGAUAUGACGAUGAUGAUGAUAGAUUCUAGGUUUACGCUUAGUGUUAAAUUAUUAGUGCAGUGCUAAUUUUAUUGUGUCUGUAGAUUCUAGUAUUGUAUAUUAUACGACACUUCCAAAUAUCUGUAA